GCGGUGGCCGGGCGGGUCAUGGCCUCCUUGUUCCCGGCCAACGGGGCGGCGGGCGAGUGGGGAGGCGGCGGCGGAGACCCCAGCUCCGCGGACGAGGGUGAGGGCGGCCGGGCAGCGGCGGCGGCGGCGGGGCUGAGGGAGUCCCCGGUCUCCGACUCCGGGAGCCGCUCGUCGUCGCCUCCUCCUCCUCCGCCGAUGGAGCAGUUCGAGCGGGCGGCGCAGCGGGUGCCGGCGCUGGCGGGGUCGGCCAGCCGGGAGCAGCUGCUCUACCUGUACGCGAGGUACAAGCAGGUCAAAUGUGGUAGCUGCAACACUCCCAAACCUGGGUUUUUCGACUUUGAAGGAAAGCAGAAAUGGGAAGCUUGGAAAGCAUUGGGUGAUACAAGUCCAGAGCAGGCUAUUCGAGAGUAUGUUGCUACUGUGAAGAAACUGGACCCCACUUGGAAUCCACAGAUAGCAGAAAAGAAAGGAAAGGAGGGGAAAGCUGGGUUUGGAGGCCCAGUUGUCAGCUCACUGUAUCAAGAAGAAACCAUCAGGGAAGAAGAUAAGAACAUAUUUGACUACUGCAGAGAAAACAACAUUGACCAUGUAACCAAAGCCAUCCGAUCAAAAAAAGUGGAUGUGAAUACGAAAGAUGAGAAGGGCAGAGCUCUGCUGCACUGGGCAUGUGACAGAGGACACAAGGAACUAGCCUCGGUACUGCUGCAACACACAGCGGAUGUUAACAGCCAGGAUGAUGAAGGCCAAACAGCAUUGCAUUACGCUUCUACCUGUGAGUUUUCUGACAUUGUGAAACUGCUCCUGGAGUCUGGAGCUGACCCUACUCUUCGGGACACAGAGGGCUACUUGCCGGAGGAGGUAACGGACUGUAAAGUGAUCACCUCCAUGCUGCAGGAGCACACGGCUGGCAGAGCUUGAUCGAAAGGCCAAGGAAGUGCAGGUAGCCCCAGCCCUGGGCUCACAAGAUGGACAAAAAACUGCAAUAAAAUCAUCUUAUGUCCACAUAAUCAAUAUGCAUGAUGUAUGGAGACUGGAAUCUGCAGAGCAAAGAAGCUUGUUUCUGGGAGCAGAAAACAGAGCAAUGCAAUAUUGCACUGAACAACACAGGCCUGUGUAUCUGUGUUGCCUGCCUGGCACAACACAGCCCCAGCCAUAGGUUGUGACCUGUCAUUUGCUUGACAGACCCCUGUUUUUGCAGCCCCCAAUUAA